AUGUCCCGAUUGCUCCCUCUUCUGCGACACCCGCCCGCAGUCACCACCGCAGCAGCAGCUCUUGCACCGACGACGAUAGCAUCUUCCGCCAGAUGCACCGAACGAGACACCCCGCGUCGACGGUAUCGGCACAGACGAGUAACUACACAGAAGCAAUGCAACGGCGAUGACACGCGUGUGCGGGUGGCGCCAGCACGACCACCCGUCAAGGAAUGGGAAGAUAUCUUCAUUAGUAGUCUCGUGGCGGCAGGAACAUGCAGAAAACACAGAGUAGCAUCGCGGGCUUCUGCUCAUCGGCCUAUCCGCCACUACUCUACCGCCAGAGACGAACCUGAGCAAAAACGAUUAGCAGCAAGUGGAGAUGCUCAGAUCUCGAAGGAAGAGUAUCGCAAUCUGGUGGACUUCUACCGCCAGUGGGGCCCCGACACGGCAGAAUCAGAGGACAAUCGAUCUCCGCUCGCAUCUCGUCUGAUAUUGACGCCGGAACAAGAGCUAGCAGCAGCGCAGCGUCAGACGACUCCAGGGAAACGCCAUGUCGCACCACCAGAGGGUCACGAGCAAAAGAAUAUCGUCGAGAGACUCGACAACAAGAUCAUGUUGUCUCGGCUUGGUCACAUAUCGUUGGAUGUGCUAUGGAAUUUAUAUCAGCAGGUCCACUCGCCACGACCGCGAUUCCUGAAGGAUUGGGUACUCCAUCGCUUCUUGCAGCACCUAGGCUUCGUUCAGCAAUGGCACGACAAGGAUGCUAUGCAACGCUACUUCCAGGUUCUGGACGACUGUGUUGAGGAAGGCGUGCCGCUCAACAAGAACAAUUGGACUACUGCUAUCUCCUUUGCAGGCCGCUGGGUGCAGCGUACGACAUCCAGCGAAGUCAAAGCAGCGAUUGAAACCUGGAUGCGCAUGGAAGAGCAAGGCCACGCCGCCGAUCAUGUUACGUUGAAUGUCUUGUUUGACGUGGCUGUCAAGGCAGGUCGUUUCACGCUCGCAGACACUAUCUACAAGGAAAUUAAGGCCCGAGAUCUGCCACUUGAUCGCUACUUCCGAGGAAGCCUGAUCUACUACGGAGGCAUGAAGAGAGAUGGGGAUGAAGUCAGGCGCGCUUUCCGCGAGUUCGUUGAAGCUGGUGAGAUUGUGGACACAACCAUCAUGAACUCGGUCAUCUUAUCUCUGCUACGAUCUGGAGAAGCCCCUGCGGCUGAGCAAGUCUUCAACAAGAUGAAACGCUUGACUGAGGAGAAAUUCGGCACCCCAAGCUCGGGAGAGUGGCAAGAGCGAAAAGAGCUAAGGUCCGAGCUGAAUGUAGCUGCUCAGCGGCUGCGGGCUGAAAGCGAAGUCCACGGAUCCUCCUUCUUUGGCGCAUCAUCUUCGUCGUACGAGCGGCGUGAGCAAGUACAGAAGAUUACUCCCAUCGCUCCCGACGCUCGCACCUACACAAUUCUGUUCAAGUACCAUUCGACCAUAUCUGGGGAUGCCGACCGGAUCUGGGAGUUGCUGGAAGAGAUGGGUGAGCAAGGGUUGCAGCCCGAGACGGGCUCAUUCGUGCACAUCCUCAAAGGCUUCCGUCUUCACGGUGGCUAUGCAUUGUCUAGAUGGCAAAAUCGCAGGCUUGAAGAGUUCUGGAAGGUUGUCAUCAAGCAGAUGGAGCUCGAACUGCACGGCACUCGAAUAGCACCACCUGGUGGAGCCAAUAAGAAUGCUGUACCGGAGAGUGCGCCUCCCAAGUCCACUUCUGACCCACCGGCGGUAGCAGAAGGCGUGCCAUCAUUGGAGAGCGAUAGUGAUGACUGGGUAGCGCACGACGGAUCCGAGUACGGUGACGCCGGACACGAUGAGGCUAGCCCAUACUCACUUGACAGCGCUUCUAGUGAUAACGCUUCGCAUUCUACGUCUCCAUCGAGCAGUCCAGCAAUGACCGACGAUAUCGACAUUCUAGGCGCCAUGAUUGCGGAGUCCGCAGCUAGCAUUCGUUGUCACGACCCGCCGAUCACGACUGCCCCAAAACAGACUGAAGAAGCUCAGUCAUCGUCGCGGGCUAACAGUCAUCCGACUUCUUUCUUGGAGAGCGUCUCCUUGCGACAUCUUACCGAUGCAGCGCUGCUGCCCGAAGGCGGCUCUGCUUUGGAAGAUAACGGUCACGCAACUAGCAUCAAACCAGUCGACAAUGAAUCGCAUCCUUCUGAUGCGGCCUCUUCCUUCCUCGACAGUUUGACGCCUGAAAACAGCGUCCGGACGAAGAAGCUCGGUGUGAGCGAAAAUCGGGCCAAUACCUCGCUUGAUACCACGGGCACCCGGAAAUUGGUGCAUAAAGACCGCAAUCAUGAUCAAACGGGUGGAGGCGCGAACAGUGGCCUUUCCCGCUACACUCCUGCUAGCCCUUCACAUUUAGUGCACGAUCCAGACAACUUCGACUCGUUCCCUGUCUGGCGUCGAGGACCCGGCGUCUUGCAACAGUAUGACCACGACCUCAUCCCAAGUUCCGGUCGGAGCAAAGACUCAGCUUCGCCCAGAGCGCAUACAGCACGGCCACGGCCAUCCCUUCCUCCUAACCAGAAGCCCGUUUCUCUGCGUUCCGAGAUUUUCUUGGAGGCUGUGCGAGCUUUCUAUCAAUGCGCCGGACACAUGCGCAUGAUCCAAGUAUGGGAGGGUAUUGCGAGUCGGUGGUACGAUGCUACAGAUGAGGAGUGGGCGCGAGUGGAGAAUGAGGUGGCGCAGAUCGAGAGACAUGCUCGCCGGUACGAAGAUUUCAAUAGAGCUAGUCGAUGA